GUGCGGAGGGUCUUCUCAGAGCGCCUGAGGGGGCCCCGCGGUGCGGGGGUUCGCGGCACCGGCGCCGUCGCUCCCGGGGGCCGUGGGGGCUCCAGGGUGACGCCGGUGGGAGAGGGCACCGCUCCCUCGCCCCCUCCCCCGGCCGAGGCUGAGGUGCGGCUGCUGCCACUGCCCGCCCCGCGGGGCCGCGCUCGGGCCGCCCGGCCGGAGCCCCGCGCUGCCGGCAGAGCCGGUCCGGCCGCCCGCGGCCUGGGGAGGCAGCGCGGUCGGGGCUCCCUCCAUGUUUGUUUCCUUCCCCAGGGGGAGACGGGCGGCCCGAGGCUUCCAGCCGGUGGUGCAGGAGCUGGAGGUGGGAUGGAGGUAGUGGCUUAAGGACCCCACGCCUGCACCGCCACAAUUAGGGAAGAAAGAGGCUGGAAUCGCUGGUGGUGUGCGCCUGUGGCUGCUCCCCAUGGCAGCUGCGGACCCCCAGGUUCUGGCCUUGGCUGCUCAGGUCACUGAGAGCGGGGAACAGGACAUCCCCCUGCUGCUGCUGAAGUUAAAGGGAGUUUUAAGUAGCCCUUCCUUGGGAUGUGAAGAAUCAAAAAAAAUUAAGCAAGAUAUAUAUGAUUAUGGUCUUACUCAGUACUGCUUGCUGGUCCUUAGGCAAGACCACUCUCGACUGCAGGGAGGCUGGGCCACUGCUGCCCAGCUAGCAGAGAUACUAAGUCAUUGUUGUGUAGGACUAGAGAUGAAAGAAGAUCCUGAGGAAUUUUACGAGAAGUUUCUUCCUUCAGCCAUAAACAACCUGCUGGUCUUGGGAAAACGCUUGCAGGCGAGAUUUAUCCGAGCAAUCAAGGAUAAAGAAAAACAAGAAUUUUUACACUGGUUCCAAACAGUAACCAAUGCCAUCUGCUGGCUGUUCGAUGGGCAUAUUCAACUAGCAGCAUGUGUACUGCAAAAUGAUUGCUUCCUGCAGUUGUUAAUAACAGAUGAUGUUGAAACAGCAAUUAUAAUGAUGUCUGUUUUACACAAUAUUUUGAGGAUCAAUAGUUCUGUCUUCCUUCAAGUUGAUAAAGCGACCCUUCACUCUAUUUUGGAUGAACUUGUUUAUAAGCUUUCAUCUACCACCAAUCCUGCUGUUGGAAGUGCUGCCACAAAACUGCUGCUGAUGGUGGCAAAACUGAGCAAACAGCUUGUGCAGUUACUCACAGCUCGCUACAAAGGAUUAAAAGGGCUUUUAAAUAAACAGUGGACUGGCAAAGGAUUUGACAGGGAGCUCAAUCAGCUCUUGGACGUGCUAUAUUUGGAACAAUCCAGUGGAAAAGGAGAAAUGCAGACUGUUUUAUUUCAGAAGCAGCAUCAAGCAGCAUGUAUAAUCCAGGCUACGUGGAGGGGAUUUCAGACAAGGAGAAGGCUGAAAAAGCUACCCCAAGCAGUGACCACAUUACAGAGAAGCUUCAGAGCUAAACGGGAACAGGAGCUGCAACACUUAGCAAAACAGAAGGAAGAUGAGGCUCUAAAACUGCAAAUGCAACUUCAGAGACAGAGAGCCAUGAGACUCUUCCAUGAACGACAGCUGGCCUUACUGGAAAGAGUCCAUGCCAGUCAGGUAAAUAAAUACAUGGAGGAAAUGGAGGAUAAAUCAGCAUUAACUAUCCAGAGAUUCUGGCGAGGGUAUAGAGCAAGAAGAAUUUUUCAUCAACAGAAACAAUCUCUUAAGGAGUAUAAAGCAGCUGUCAUUAUUCAGAGAACAGCUUGUAAAUUCUUGGAAAAACGAAGAAGGAGGAGACCUCUCUCUCCUUGGAAAGAACCCAAGGGACUGACUGAUGAGCAGAGACUAGCUUUGCAGCAGAAGGUGGAUGACUACAUCAAAUUGCAUCCGGCUUCCCAAAUGUCAGAAGAAAUGAGUAAAGAAUUACAUAUGCAGGCUCAGGAAAAGCUGGCACAGUUCCUGUUGAGGAGCAGGCUGGAUCAGAGAGCAGCGCAGAGGAGAGAGACAUUACUGGCUCAGGUCAACACUGAUGUGGAGCUGCUAAUGAAUGCUCCAGGGUUAGCAGAGACCACAGAAAAAGACAUUGGUGUCUUUGUGAGUCGAUCAGUCCCUGUAGCUACCAAAGCAAGACAAUCCCACAACACUAUGCUGAAAUACACUCGCUGGCCAUGGUGGAAAAAGCUUGGAGAUGAGUUUAUGGAGGAUGAUGUAAUUCCAGAUGAGGCCCUAAAUACAGAACUGGAAACUCUCUUUAUUGGUGGAAGAAAAUCUUUAUAGGUAACAAGCUGAAGAAUUCCAUAUUCAACCAGACUCAUACCUUGUACUGUGCACUUACUUUUGUGUGUUUUUAAGGAAGGAAAACAUUUGAAAAGGACUGAAAAAUACCAAAACCUCAUUUUAGUAUAUUUUACUUAUCUUGGAAAGAAUCCCUUCCUGUACAGCAACAGUUGGAUCCUAUUGAUCUUGUUGCAAAUAGGAUUUAAAUACUGUAGUUGUAAAUAUUUUGUAAUUUGUAUCACUUUAAAGGUAAGUUUAUAAACUUUGUCUUUUCAGUUCUUAUUCACACUGGGAUGCAUAAAAAAUCAGGACAUUGGAAAAGCCUGGGCUUUUAUAGAAAAACAUUUUUAUCAAGUCAUGUGCUUUGAAAUAAAGAUGGGUUCAGAACAAAACAAGCCACCAAUACAAAAUCAAACAAGCACGAGGUAGACUGGGUGCUUUCUCUGUAUUCCUCCCAGGCUACCUGUCCUUGCUUCCACCGUCUGUAAGCUCCCUUUUAUUUGAGUUUGUGCAGGAGUUUCAUUUUCAUCCAUGAAGGCCUCCUGGUGUUUUUUGUCUGACUUCCUUUUUGUUGGGAUGUGUUGCUCCUGAGUUUGGAGAAGAAGGUGAUCCUUGAAUAUUAACCAGCUUUCUUGGGCUCAUCUUCCCUCCUUCAUGGUACUCUACCAUGCAGGUCACUCAAGAGGUCACUCUGCUCUCCUAAAGUCCAGGGUAGUGAGCUUGCUAUGCACCCCCCCUGCCAGCCUUAGGAUCUUGAAAUCCACCAUUUCAUGGUCACUGCAGCCAAGGCUGCCCAUGAGAUCCAUUCCUUACCAGCCCCUCCUUGUUGGUGAGAAGAAGCUACAGCACUACACCUCUCCUUGUUGUCUCCUCUAUCUCUUGGAGAAGGAAGUUAUCAUCAAUGCACUCAGGAACCUCCUGGAUUGCUUGUCCCCUGCUGUGUUGUCCCUCUAACAGGUAUCGAGGUGGUUUAAGCACCCCAUGAGGACCAGGGCUUGUGAAUGUGAGGCUGUUCCUAUCUGUCUGUAGAGGGCUUCAUCAGCUUGGUUUUCCUCUUGGGGCAGCCUGUACCAGACCACCACUGUAAUGUUCCUGCCAUCCCUUUAAUCCUGACCCAUAAACUCUGUCAGCUCCUCAUCCAUCUCCAGAGCUCCAUGCACUCCAGCUGGUCAUUGACAUAGAAGGCAACAACUCCACCUUUUCUCCCAUGCCUGUCCUUCCUAGGGAGCCUGUAUCCUUCCAUUCCAAGAGUCCAGUCAGAGAAGCCAUCCCUCCCUUCUCUGUGGUGUCAAUAAGAUCACAGCCCUGCAGGUGUGUAUAUAGCUAUAUGUAUAUCUCUAACUCCUCUUGUUUAUUCCCCAUGCUGUGUGCAUUUGCAUGGGGGCAUUCCAGUUGGAUCCCUGAUGAGACCAACUUCCUGGCUGGAGUGGCUGCAAUUCCUUUAUGCUGCUCUUCAGGUGCUCUUCAGCCCACUUGUGAUCCCUCUCCAGACUCUAGGCUUCUCUUGCUGGCUCUGUCAUCAAGCUGGGAUGGAUGGAGGUUCCUCUCCCCUGGCAACUGUAGUUUAAAGCCCUCUUCACCAGCUGGGCAAGCCCAUGACUGAAGAUGCUCUGCCAGAUGGACCCAUGAGCCCUCAGCAGCCCAUGUUCCUUGGGGCUCACAGGUCACCAGCGCUCCCUUGGGCUGCCUUUUUCCUUUAAAAGCUUGCAGUUCUUCCCACAGCCAAUGCAGUGUACGGGAGCAUGGGCACAGUCCAAACUCUUACGUGGGAUUGUAGCCUCAGUGUGACCAUCUGGCUCUGUCUUAAACCAUAAAGAAGUUGUUUAAUCCAGAAAGGUCUCCAGCCCAGGGCCUCUGCAGUCACUGUGGCCCAGAAGACAGUAAACCACCUCCAGUAGGAUCCUGCCUAUGGGUGUGCCCAGAACAAGAACUCGAGGCUGCACUAGUGCCACAGGUGCCUGCACUAUUUUUCAGGUAAAAGGCACAGAGAUUCUUAAAAAUUAGAUCUUACCUCACUGCAGAGGAGGAAAAAGUGCAGUGAUUUCUGCUGGUUUUAUGUGGGCAGCAAUAUUGUUUCAGCAUGUUUGUUUUCCAUUCUCUCUUGAUGGCUUUGAGUUUUAAUUUCAGUGGAGAUGAAUGGAAAACAAAUAAAUAGAAAUAGUGGGCAGAAGCCCAAGCCCAUUCAGUUGCAGCUGAUACGUUGAAAUUAAUAACUGGACAGCUGCCAGGAGGAAGAGCUGGGCUCUGUUAAUUUUUUGAAAAGAACUGUGAUUUGGAAUGCACUUGAAUUGGCUCAUGAUUCCUUUCUUGGAGAGUUAAAUGGUGGAACAAUCCAUUAGGUGUUUGCUAGGGCACUCGCAUGUGUCUGUUGAGUUACAUUUUGUUCUGCACAACUCUGUUGUUAGUUUUAAGCUGUGCCCAUAACAGGACAGGUGCUCUACAACCACAGGGCAGUCACCAAGCACUCCAGGGGAUGGAAACUGUCCCCCAGCAGCUUCCAAGCUCUGACACUGGAAAAGGCCCAGCAUCUCUGGAUGGAUGCACUGCAGCAGGCCAGCUGUUCCCUCCUAAAUACCUGAGUCCUCUGUAUACAUCACUGUCCCCUCUGCCCCAAACUAUUUUGACAGAGCAGCCGCUGCUAUUCUGUUUAUUCCUAAUCACCUCCUUAGAGCAGGGAGAUGGUCGCCAAGGGGCUUUGCUGAAUGUAUCUUACAAAAAGACCUGACCCCCCAUGACCAGUGUUAAAUACAAAGUGAAUUAGAGAGCCAUCUUACCAAAAAGAUGUAAUGGCCUCUGUUAUUGUAAUGGCCUCUGCCACUCACUGCCAUUGGAGUGGAUAACGAAGUCCCAUUUUAGAAUGUGCAGUUUGCUAGAUAAUGAGGGGUUUUAAGUGAAAAGAGAGUCUAGUAGAAGGUGCUGUCUUGCUGAAGGAAGUAAAGUUGCUGAUCCAGCAGUCCAAACUCCUCUGCCCCACCACAGCCCUGCCAAAAAUGCCUUGUUUUACUUUGUGCUUGCCACCAGGAUAUUGCAGUCACCUCCAUUUUACAGACCAGGGAAACAGAGGCACAAGAGCCAUGAGGGAACAUGCCUAUGGCCAUAUGUAACUGUAUAACCUGUCACUUGUUCCUGUUACUGUUCCAGGCAGAACGAGCCAGAAUGGAGCCACUACAUGCUGAGGCAGAGCUGGGAGAUGUUCUCAAAUGCCAGUUGCUGUGGCCAUCUUGGAGCCUGAGCCCAGCAAAAGAGAUCUCCAGGCUCCCUUGCUGGGAGGAAUUUGGCAUAGCUUGAUUCAUGCUCUUUUCAAGUCCUGCACCACGUGCACCAUAGGCAGGACGUAUUGCUAGCAUUUUAUUUCACUGCAGCUCUUUCUGGAAUAAAAUACUCCUGCCUGAAUAACAGGAACAGGUAUAGACAGCUGAACAGAAGCCAUCUCCAGCUUGCUAUGAGGUGAACAAUCCUCUCUGGGUUAUACAGUCACCCAAAAAAAAAAAAAAGACUGUAGGAGAGACUGUGAACUGAGAUGGGACCAGUCCUGCUCCCACUUCCCUGUGUGCCACAGGCAUGCCCAGAAAAUUUGGAGCUGUUACUUGGACAUAAACAUGCAGCACAGGUGGUCAAGCCAAGUAGGAAAAAGGGGCAGAGUUUGGUUGUGCCCAGCAGGUCUGGGCUGUGCCCCUGUGGGUAGUGAGCAGGCCUUCCCCAGUAGGCUGAAGACAGACCCUGGUCACCCAGGGGAAGCGUGGGAGUGCCCUCCACACCAGUGGAGUGACACACCUGGGGGCACCUGUGAUGAGGGGAGGGGCAGAGGCGGAGCUGGAGCUGCUCAGGCAGUGUCACUCAGGUCCUUAAAUACUGAUGGCUGUCUCAGCUGGCCUGUGGGGGCGAUUCAGCUGAAUUGCAGGUUUCUGUUGCUGUGAUAAAUUGGACCAAUUUGUCAUGUGGGUUUGUUUCUUCCCUCCCUUAAGUAAAGCUAUUACAGGAGUGUUAUUGCUACAGCUUCAGCAGCAGCAGUCAAUCUGGAAAACAAAAUCCUCUGGUGGAUAUGGAUAAAAUGGAAGGGACAGUGACUGUUCUUCUGCCAAAGGUGCCACCAAAGUCAUGGAGCUGGAAGAAGGCAGCAAAGGAACAAAACAAACGAAGAAUUACUCAGCCCUUUCAGAGAGAGAGACAAGGCAGUAUCCUCUGCUGGCUCCUGAAAUUGAGGAAAAUUCCUGUUUAUGCAGACAGGGUUUUUUUUCAGCUGUAGCUGUAACUGGACUCUGCAAACAACAGGAUGCUCAUCUCCAGCAGAGACACAGGCAUGCGCUCAAGAUUGUGCUGCUGAGUCCAAGGGCGUCUCCUGGCCUUUCAGACUGGCUGUAAUAGGAGCUCUGAGCUGAGGACAGGAGAUAACCCUGAUGCUAUUUCACCCCUUGCCUCUGAGCCUUCUACGGCUGAUUUCCACGCGAGCAGAAUCCGGUACAAACAUCUGCUCUCCACUGCAGAGUAUCACGUAUAUCAAGUAUAGGGAGGAACAAAAGCUUUCUCUAAGUAGCAGAAUCAGGGCUAUUUAUAAAUUAUCCUUCAUCAUAAAAGGAGGCAGCCCUUUGCAGGGGGAGCUGCAAAGACCAUUGCAAAACAGGCCUCUAAGUUCUCCUUAUCAUCCUUCUUUACAGCACAAUAGCACCAGGUCAUCCUCUAGGCAUCCUUGUGUACAGUGAAGAACCCUCUAAUAGAUUGUUUACUACAUGAGUGAUAUAAGGGUCCAGAUUGACCAAGGGGAACUGAAGGACAGGUGUCUCCCAUCCCCUCUCGCCUGCUCUCCCUGAAGGUAGGGCUGGGUUUACUCCAGGUGCUGUCUUGGGACAGAAUGACAAAGUCUGGCAGGUGAGGACCAAGGUCAGGACACCGCAGCUCUGGCAAUUUUUCCCAGUUGUGCUGGAGAACUCCUCUGUGACCUUGAGCACAUAUUGUUUCUGUCUUUUCUUCUCUCAGAUGAGGCUUACUGUUGCAUUUGUAAUUUAAGAGCCUUCAGUAGAGGAUGCUGUGAGACCAGUGCCACUGAAAUCCCAUUCUACUAAACUGAAAUUGGAGUUUGACAGGCCUUGGAAAGAAAAAAUAUUUGUACAAUCAGAUGUUGAGUGCACAGAAAGAGCUCAAGGUUGCCAUGCUAUUUAUUUCUCUCCACAUUCAACUUUUCUCUGCAGAAUUUAGUUCUUCUCUAAUUACAUCCUCAAACAGAAGCAAUGUUAUUACCUGUGCUGGAUCUCUUAAUAAAACCUAUGAAUACAA